AUGUCCCCAUCCAAAUCAAUAUACAAAAUCAAUAUCCACUGCCGUGGGAACCACUCGCCGAGAGGAGGAUCACCUUGCCGAUCAGAUCACACCGCCACGACGCUGGCGACCGGAGCUCUGCAACGACUCCGGCGAGUCCCCUGUUGGUCGUGGUCAUCGGCGAGUCCCCUGUUGCGACCUCCACCCUUACCUGUCUCCCUCACCUCACCACCGCCGUCGUCGCAUUUUCCGGCGGGUUGUCUGCUCCGGUGGUCGGCGACGGGUUUACAACUCCUGAGCAUGUCUUUCGUCGCUGGGAUUGCUGAUGUCUCCGUCGUCACCGUCGAAUUCCGGACGUCGGAGUGUGAGUGCAAGAGGUGCCGUGAACUUCGAUUUUCCGAUCGAGAGCCU